CAGUGGACUGUUCAUAAACGGCAGAGGUUUAUUUUGUUGACCUGUUUGAAAAUUGUUCGCUCAGAACAUUAUUUAUUGAAAAGUUGGGAUUGGCAUGAUAAAAGCAAUACUCUUGGCUUUCAUAAAAAUCGACGAUUUCAUCUGAGAAUGACUGAAGAAACACAGCAGUCUGAGGCAUCAGCUCAAACUGAAUCACAGACCAGCACUCCUGAUGCUAACAAGUUAAGAGACAAUAAAAAGGAGAAAUGCCGACCUAUGACAAAGGUAGUAAUAAGGCGACUACCACCAUCGAUGACACAGGAGCAAUUUAUGGAGCAGGUCUCUCCACUUCCUGAGCACGAUUAUCUGUAUUUUGUCAAAGCUGAUACGUCACUUGGUCAAUAUGCAUUCUCACGUGCUUAUAUCAACUUCCUGGAGCAGCAGGACAUUUUUAUAUUUCGAGAGAAAUUUGAUAAUUAUGUCUUCGUUGACUCAAAGGGUGCAGAGUAUCCAGCUGUAGUAGAAUUUGCUCCAUUCCAAAGGUUACCCAAGAAACGUGUAGGGAAGAAGAAGGAUUUGAAAUGUGGUACCCUUGAAGCAGAUCCAUAUUACAUUAGUUUCCUGGAAAGUUUAAAAAAUUUGGAAUCCGAGUCUGGAACAGGGCAGCCAAAAACAGAAUACUCUUAUCAGCCAUCCGACAACUCACAAAAGAAAGUAACAACCACACCACUCUUGGAAUUUCUAAAACAACGUAAGCAAGAGAAACAACGUCUAAGGGAUGAAAAGCGAGAAGAACGACGUCGUCGGGAUAUCGAGAGGCGGAGAGCAAAAGAUGAGCCAACAAUAUCUAAGGUGCUCAAGAAUCCAGAUGCUGAGCGAGAAACGAGCAAGGAUAACAAAGAGAACAAGGACGAGAAAGAAAAGCUGUCUCUGAAGGAUUUGAAGAAUCGCAAUAAGCGAGAUGAGAGAAUGCGUGAGAAAUUGUCUCGAGACCGAGAUUCGAAGACGCUAGCUAAAGGAUACCGGGAACGAGAUGAAAGAAACAAGGACAGAGAUGCAUCAAAGCAUCAAAGAAAGCACGAGGAGAAAAAACCAUAUGGCAGAAAAGAUGACAGAGAAAAUCCAAAGGAAGACAGGCGAAGCGAAAUGAAGGAGGACAGGAAGAACGAGCCUAAGGACGACGGGAAGGAAUUAAGAGAUCGUAAGGCGGAAGAGAAGCGAGGAAAGAGUUACGAGAAGAUGAGACAAGAAAAGAAGAGACUAGCUGAAGCUAAGAGACAGAAUGUUGAUACCUGUGCGGAAGCAACAACUGCAGCUGGUGCGAAGCCAAGGAAGGAGGAACGAGAGUCUAGUCAAAAGAAGGACAAACAAGUUGAAAUCGUCGUAUCCGCUGCUUCCAGGAAAACAGACAAAAGUCAAACGUCUAAGGAUGACACGAAGAAGAAUACUGAUAAGCAAAAGGUCAAAGUAGACUCUGAUGAUAGCAAAUCUUCGGAGCCAGUAGUAAAGGAUGAUAAGUUGGAUGCGGCGUCUUUAAGGCAAAUCACAGAAAUUCAAGAAAGUGUAGGAGUGCCGUUAUCGUGUCAGAACGAUUCCAAGGAGUCAGCAAAAUCAAGGUCGAACGAUCAUAUUGAUCAGGAGACAAAUUACAGCGCCGACUUAGACAGCAGGAAGGACACAGGAAAAGUGGUAAAGAGACGCAGUUCAUUGGAAAGUGGCGGCGAAGGGGGAGCAGGUGAUGGUGGAUCAUUGAGACGUCAUAAAUCCUUAGAUGGUGCCGACCAGAGUAACCUGAAGAAAAAUGAAGCUGAGGAUAAAGAAAAGGAUAAGAAGGAUCCAAGAUUAGAACGUAGGAUCAGAAACAAGGAUCGUCCUGCCAUGGAGAUCUAUCGACCUGGUAUGGGAAAGUUCAGUAAACAGAGGUUAGAACGUGAAAAAUCUGCCAAUGACGAUAGGGCAUCUCUAUCACAAAGUCCUACUCCUAGUUCUGCACCUUCUAGUACUUCCGCAAUCUCGAUGACUUCCAAGCCAACCAAAUCAGCAACGGAAGUGCGAUCCAUGACGUUUAAGCGUAGCGCUAGCCGUGACUUACCUUAGCGUAAGAAACAUCGACAUUCUGCUUAAUCGUCAUCUUAUGCAUGCAUUUGAUGAUUUCUUAUUAAGGUGUAUAAUGCCUCGGCUGUGUUCGUAUCGAAGGUACGUUUCACAUUGUACAGGCCGAGUAGACAUUGAUUGGAUAAAUCGUCAUCAUCAUCAUCAU